CACCUAUAAAUAACCCCAAGUCUUCAUCAAUCUUAUCCACAACACCUAACUAAUCGCACAACAACAAACAUAGUCAGAUCAAAUUGGAAGUUUCAGAAACAAAAUUUUUCUCAAGAUGAGUUACUUGAACCGAGUCUGGAUGACCGCCGGUGUCGCUGUCGUUAACGGCCACACGGAUCAAGGCCACAAACUGAAGUCAGGCAUGAAAUCCUUCCAGCAAGGUAAGAAGGCGUUUGGUUCCUCCAUCGGCGCUGACCACACGGAGCUUCGUCCAUUUUCCAGCGUUUUAGUUUCCGACGUAGGAGGAAUCUUCGCCGGAGAUGAGACGAGGAAGCAGGCGGAUGAUUCUCUCCGACAGGUUAUGUACAUGAGCUGCUGGGGACCGAGCUAAAACGAUAAACCGGAGUUUGUGUCGGAUUGGAGAUCUGGGAGUUUUUUUCGGUGGCGGAGGAAUCGACCAUGUGAGUUGACUCGGGGUUAUGAAUGGGUUAAAAAUGACAAUACCUUGAAAGAUGAGGGCAUCGAACUGUAACCUCAUGAAAGUUGUGCAACUAUGUAGAUAUUUUUUUUGAACAACACGAAAAGAAGUAGAGAACUAUUAAUAAUAAACUUUUUGGCGAUAUAUAUUUUGUUUAUAGUUGAAAUUAAGAAAGCCAUAUAUAUUUACUAUAUCAGACAAGUUUUGGACUUGAGAAAAUCAUGAAGAAAUUAAAAUAACUCUGCAAAAUAAAACAUAAAAUAGACUUUUGGAAUGCUUGUCAUCAAAUAUAAAGUUGCUUAAUGAUUUGAUUGGGACUUGAACUAUUAGAUAAUCACUUGUCAUCAAAUAUAAAGUUGCUUAAUGAUUUGAUUGGGACUUGAACCAUUAGAUAUCAAUCAAUUCUAGGUUUUAGAUUUGAUAAAUGAUAAGUUGUCACAAUUUUUGACAUUUAGGUAAGUGAUUCUAAGAUAUUCUGUUUAUAAAUUAUGUUUAUAGUGUUUUAAGCUUUUUUGCAAGAUACCAAUUUGGGAGUUUUUUACAUUACCAUUUUACUCCUAUUUGGAUUUUUUGGUGUGCUGCUGUCUUGGUGACUCUGCUUUGAAGAUUUCAUUCUAUUUCUCGAUCGGUUAGUCGGGCUUUGUUUCCUUUUGUUUGUUCUCUUGUGUUGUUUGUUGUACUCUUUUUCCAGCUUCCCACUGGAGUUAUGUCAUUAUGUGUUUAAUAUUAUAUUUGCUGUUCAAAAAGACAAAAUUAAUUUGAAUUUUGGAUAUUGGUUUUGUAAUGAAGCUUGGUAGAAUUCUAAGGACCUUUUUAUUCGUGACUGAUUGCAAGAUCCAAUAUUUUAUAGUGCAACUUAAAUACCUAAUUACUUCUCUUGCCCCAUAGUGAUCUUUAUUUGAUAAUGGUUUAACUUCUUCAAUAAUGGUGCAUAAGUCAUUAAGUUGACUUUUCUUUUUUCUCUUUUUAAACAGCUAUUUACAUAUUUAGGUACGUGUUUGUUCAUUGGUAAAAUAAUAAAGACUCUUGUGAAGGUUUAUCUAUGAUUAACAUUUGAUCGAAUGACGAAUACAUCAAAAUAAUGUUUAAAUCGUUACAAUAUAAUGUUUAAAUCGCUACAUACCUGAUCAAUAAUAAAAGAACAUUUUUUUAUUAAUUUGUGUCAAAUUGAUUAUAAAGUUAUUAGUAUGCUGGAAUUGGACAUUCAACUUUUCGAAUCUUAUUAGUGUUGUAGUUGAUCAACUACUUCAAUGUCAUAUCUACCUUUUUACACAAGUCCAACCAACCCACAUGUUAUCAUCGUCUUUCCCAUUUUAAGAACCAAAAAAAAUACACCCAUAAACACAUAAACACAAAUAUGGGGAAAUUCCACAUCCAAAUACCACUAUGCUCAAUUGUACUCUUGUCUUUCUCUUUUGUGCAUUGCAUCAAUCAAGACCCUAUAGCCGUACAAGAUUGGUUCAAAGGUCUAGACACCAUGCAAGAAAAGGUGACCAAACUUCACUUUUACUUCCAUGACAUAGUCAGUGGCAACAACCCAACCGCUAUGAGGGUGGCUAAGCCGACCGGCUACACUGGCUUAGUCAACACUCUUACAGGGUUUGGCAGUGUGGUCAUGGCUGACGACAUGCUUACCUCUGGACCCGAACCCAACUCAACUGUUGUAGGUCGGGCCCAGGGGAUCUAUGCAUCGGCCUCGAUGGAAGAUAUUGGGUUUCUUAUGACUAUGAACUUUGCUUUUAGUGAUGGGGAUUUUAAUGGCAGCUCUCUUAGCCUUUUGGGACGGAACCCAGUGUUGCAUGAGUAUCGUGAGAUGCCGAUUGUUGGUGGUUCCGGCGUUUUUAGGAUGGCACGGGGAAUAGCGACUGCAAAAACGUAUAAAUUUAAUUUGUUAGGUGAUGCGGUUGUUGAAUAUAACGUUAUUGUGGUUCAUUAUUGAGUUGAGAUUGAUAUUGGCUUUGUUAUAUGUAUGUAAUGUGCAACUACAAUAUGAACAUUUGUUUAGAUAAUAUUUUUUGCAUUACAA